GGAGCUGGAGCAGGGCGUCUCGGCUGCCUGUCCCGGCUCCGGGGCUCCCCGUCUCACCGCCGCCCCCGCGGGGAUGAGGUGUCGGAGCCGGGCGAGGGCGAGGGGCCGCGUUGCGCCAUCCCUCCCUGCGUGCGCGGGGGGGCCGAGCCGGCCGCUCCUGCCCCGCCAGCGGCCGUAAUUAGCGCGGGCAGGGCGGAAGCGCUAAUUGGCGGUGACUCGUCCGGGCUGGAGCGCCGCGUGCCCGGACUUUCCGGCGGGGCCGGUCCCCGGGGCCGCCCGCCCCGCGGCAGCUGGAUAAGAGCGCGGUGCGCCGGGGAGGCGGCGCGGAGGGGGCCGUCGGCGGGCGGGCGAGCGGCGUCGGCGGGCGAGCGGCACCGCCGCCGCCAUGAACCGCGUCACGGUGUACGAGCGCGCCGACUUCGAGGGGCUGAGCCGGGAGUUCAGCUGCGACGUGCCCGACCUGCACGAGCUGGACUUUGGCGACUGCAUCGCCUCGCUGAAGGUGGUGGGGCAGCCCUGGAUCGCCUACACGGGCCCCAAGUACGAGGGGGAGGCGCACGCCUUCGAGGAGGGCGAGUACCCGGCGGUGGGGCGGCCGCGCAGCUUCUCGUCCCUGCGCCUGGUGCACCACGACCUGGCGGAGCCCCAGAUCACCCUCUACGAGCGGCCCCACUUCCAGGGCGCCCGCAAGGUGGUGACCGAGGAGACCAACCUGGCCUACGGCUACUUCAACGACCGCGUGGCCUCGCACGUGGUGCAGCGGGGGGUCUGGCUGCUCUACCAGCACCCCGGCGGCGGCGGCCGCCACUGCCUGGCCUGGCCCGGCGAGCGCCUGGCGCGCUACGAGCCCCAGCAGGGCCUGCAGGGGCGGCUGUCGCACCUGCGCCCGCUGCGGCCCGGGAAGCCGCUGGUGUCGGCGCGGCUGCUGUGGGAGCGGCGGCGGGUGGAGGCGGAGCGGGAGGUGCUGGUGGACGAGAUCGUGGGGGUGAACGAGACGGCGUGGGAGCAGGCGCUGGCGGCCAGCAGCGCCCGGGAGUACAGCACGGCGCUCUGGCAGAGCUUCCGCUUCAGCAACGCCACCAGCCUCAAGGCCGGGCUCUCCUUCACGCUGGCCGUGGAGGCCGCCAACGUCUUCACGGUGCAGAAGGGGCGCAGCGAGUGCAGCACGCGCCGCGAGCGGGUGGCGGUGCAGCUGCCCGCCGCCAUCCCCCCCCGCACCGCCCUCACCGUCCACGUGCUGCGCAAGGAGGUGACGCUCUCCGUCCCCGUGCUCCUCACCAUCACCCAGAACGAGACCGUCCGCACCGAGCUGGGCGAGUACCGCAGCGUCUCGGGCACCAACAUCUGCGCCCGCUACACCGUGAAGCCCCUGCCGGCCCCGGGGACCCAGCAGGCGCCUGCCGCGGGGGACCAGGAGGUGCCUACAGUGGGGGACCAGGAGGCCACGGGGGACAAGGAGGUCCUGCGGACCCACCAGGCACCCACCAUGGGGGACCAGGAGGCACCUGCUGUGGGGCACCAGGAGGCUGCGAGGCACCAGGAGGCCCUGAGGACUCAGCAGGUGCCCACCACGGGGAACAAGGAAGCCCUGGGGACCCAGCAGGUGCCCACCGCGGGGCUCCAGGAGGCCCCAGGGACCCAGCAGGCACCCACCACAGGGAACAAGAAAGCCCUGGGGACCCAGCAGGAGCCCGCCAUGGGGGACAAGGAGGCCCUGGGGACCCAGCAGGUGCCUGCCAUGGGGGACCAGGAUGCCGCAGGCACCCAGCAGGUGCCCACCACGGGGGACAAGGAGGCUCCCGCGCCAGAGGAGGCCACAGGGACGCCGCGGGCACCCGCUGUGGGGUAGCGCAGGUGCCUGCUGGGUGCCAAGCCCCCUGGAUGCGCCAGGCCCCACGCCACCGCUGGUGCGGCCCACUGCUCGCGGUGGCUUCAAUAAACGGCUUUGGCAGCC